UUCACCGCUUGACCCGGGGAGAAGCAGCGUCGCCAUUUUGGUUCUGAAGGGGGGCCUGUUGUCACCACGUGAAGGCGAGAAGCCCCAGACAGCGAAGUUCGGGGGGCUAUUACGAUACGGCAGACAAUCCGGCCAGAGGAUCGCGGAUUCCGAUUCAUGUUCAGAGCAAAGUCACGGUGAUCAGUACCCAAGAAGAAUCAGAAGCAUGCCCUCGAUAACUCUGCCGCCGAAGGAGAACGCUCUCUUUAAGAGAAUAUUGAGAUGCUAUGAACACAAGCAGUACAGAAAUGGGCUCAAGUUUUGCAAACAGAUCCUGUCCAACCCGAAGUUCGCCGAACACGGAGAGACCCUUGCAAUGAAAGGACUGACUCUGAACUGCUUGGGCCGAAAGGAGGAGGCGUAUGACCUAGUGCGACGUGGCUUACGAAAUGAUCUGAAGAGUCAUGUCUGUUGGCACGUGUAUGGUUUGCUUCAGCGCUCAGAUAAGAAGUAUGACGAGGCCAUCAAGUGCUACAGGAAUGCUCUUAAAUGGGACAAAGACAAUCUGCAAAUCCUCAGAGAUCUCUCACUGCUGCAGAUCCAAAUGAGAGACCUCGAAGGUUACAGGGAGACCAGGUACCAGUUACUGCAGUUGCGGCCGGCUCAAAGAGCCUCUUGGAUCGGUUAUGCCAUUGCAUACCACCUUCUGGAAGAUUAUGAGAUGGCUGCUAAGAUCGUGGAGGAGUUCCGCAAAACACAACAGACAUCUCCAGAUAAAGUGGAUUACGAGUACAGUGAGCUGUUGCUUUAUCAGAAUCAGCUGUUGAGGGAGGCCGGGCUUAGCAAAGAAGCCCUCGAUCACCUGACCAACUAUGAAAAACAGAUCUGUGACAAACUGGCUGUAGAGGAGAUACGAGGAGAGCUGCUUCUCAAGUUAGAUCGGGCUGGUGAAGCUACGGAGGUCUACCACCGACUGCUGGAGAGAAACCCUGAGAACUGGAGCUAUUAUCAAGGGCUAGAGAAAGCACUCAAACCAAAGAGUGUUGAGGGGAAGCAGAAAAUCUAUGAAGAUGCCUGGGUUAAGUAUCCUAAAGGCCUGGUGCCAAGAAGACUUCCUCUCAACUUCCUCACAGGUGAGAAGUUUAGAGAGUGUUUGGAUCGCUACCUGAGGAUGAACUUCAGCAAAGGAUGCCCGCCUGUCUUUACCACACUAAAAUCACUCUACCACCUUAAAGACAAGGUAGCAAUAAUUGAGGAAUUAGUUGUGGGCUAUGAAAAAAGUUUGAGAGCUUGUAAAAUGUUCAACCAAAAUGAUGAUGGGAAGACAGAGCCACCCACUACUUUACUGUGGGUUCAGUAUUUCCUUGCCCAGCAUUUCAACCAUAUCGGCAAACAGACUCUUGCCCUCGAAUACAUCAACACAGCCAUUGAAAGCACCCCCACCCUCAUAGAGCUCUUCCUCAUCAAGGCGAAGAUAUACAAGCAUGCGGGUAACAUCCGUGAAGCUGCUCGCUGGAUGGACGAGGCCCAGGCUCUGGACACCGCUGACCGCUUCAUCAACUCCAAGUGUGCCAAGUAUUUGCUCAAGGCUGGACUUAUCAAAGAGGCUGAAGAAAUGUGUUCCAAGUUCACACGGGAAGGAACCUCUGCAGUAGAGAAUCUGAAUGAGAUGCAGUGCAUGUGGUUCCAGACGGAAUGUGCUCUGUCCUACAAGUCUUUGAACAAAUAUGGAGAGGCGCUGAAGAAGUGCCAUGAAAUUGAGAGGCAUUUUGUGGAGAUAACGGAUGACCAGUUUGACUUCCACACAUACUGUAUGCGGAAGAUGACCUUGCGUUCUUAUGUGGAUUUGCUAAAACUAGAGGACGUGUUGCGCAUGCACCCUUUCUACUUCAAGACAGCACGUACAGCCAUCGACAUGUACCUCAGCCUUCAUGAUAACCCGCUCUCCGAUGACAACAAGGAGUCGCAGGCCGACAAUGCCAACCUAACGGACAAGGAGCUGAAGAAAUUGCGCAACAAACAGAGACGUGCCCAAAAGAAAGCCCAAUUAGAGGAGGAGAAGAAAAAUGCUGAGAAAGAGAAACUGCUAAAAAACCAAAAGAAGAAAAAAGAAGAGGAUGAGGAGGAGAUUGGAGGACCUAAAGAGGAGCUCAUACCAGAAAAACUGGCAAAGGUUGAGAAUCCUCUAGAAGAAGCGGUAAAGUUUCUGACUCCUCUGAAGAACUUAGUAAAGAAUAAAAUAGAGACGCAUCUGAUGGCCUUUGAGAUCUACCUCAGGAAAGAGAAGUAUCUUUUGAUGCUGCAAUCGGUGAAGAGAGCUUACUCAUUGGACCCUGAUCACCCCUGGCUCCACCAGUGUUUGGUGCGAUUCUUUAAAGGAGUGUCGGACAGUAAGGACAUGCCGGAGGCUGUGCAGACAGUUCUGAAGCAGGAGAUCACAAAACUGUUUGGAGAGAGUGACCCCAAGACUUUCAACAAGAACUUCCUGAGCAAACAUGCAAACUCAAUACCGCACAGAGUUGCAGCUGCUAAGAUGAUGGUCUUUCUGGACCCCUCCUCUGAGGGGAUGGCUGUUGAGCUGGCUACCUCUUUGAACGAGUCCCUAACUGGCAGAACCAUUCAGACGUGUACCGAGGUGCUCCAGGCGUUGAGGGACGGCAGUCUGGGCUCUCAGCAGGAGAAAAAUGUUGAAUCGUAUCGUGCGUCUUGCCAUGGUCUCUAUCCCUAUGCUUUAGCCUUCAUGCCCCCCGGUUACCAGGACAACUCUGCGGUGACCACCAAUGGAGACCUGUCCCCCUGCGACCAUGAGGACAUGCCCAAUGAGAUGUGAGCAUUUCAGGAAAGGAGCAGGGUGGCCGUUUAAUGGCCGUCAGCAUUUUGAGACCAGACGCCCCACUGAGGUUGAGACUCUACUGCACUAACGAGACCACGGUUACCUUCCGCCUUCACUUCCACUCACGGAAGCGAGUGAGCAAUAAGGGGAAAAACCCGUUUUACUAUUUUUUUUCCCCUUUCUAUCUUGUUGUUUUGCUUUUGUUUUUUUUUAA